AAUAGGUUUGAGGCGUGGUGAUGGCCCUGCCGGGUGGAAUCAUCAGGCGGGUUGGCUGGUCGGUCACAACGGUCCUUUAUGAGCUGGGUCGCUGUGGUGCUGGAGGUGGUUGUUGCUGCUGGCCGGAGGCCUCUAGCAGUUUGCCGGCCCUCGGCCUAACGUUCCCCCCGCCCCCGCGCUGCAGCUUCACGAAAAGGUAAAUUUCUAACCACUAUUAAGAUGGCUGCUACAAUAGUGCAUGAUACUUCAGAGGCCGUGGAACUAUUUGCCCCACAGGGCUUAUUUCUGAAGCCAAUCGCUAAGCUGACUCUUAGCGUAUCACUCCCCCAGCUGAAGCAACCAGGUAAGUCCAUAUCAAACUGGGAGGUGAUGGAGAGACUCAAGUACAUGGUUCACCCUGAGCAAUUUGCUACACUGCGUGUGUCCAAGAGCACAAUGGAUUUUGUUCGCUUUGAAGGGGAAGUUGAAAACAAGAACAUGGUGAAAACCUUCCUGUCCAAACUGGACAGUAAGACAAUUAAGCUCAGUGGCUUCACAGACACCUUAAAAGUGCGAGCAGCUGAAGUGAAAAUAGAUUUCCCGACCCGUCACGACUGGGAUUCAUUCUUUCGGGAUGCCAAAGACAUAAAUGAGACCUUACCAGGUGAGAGGCCAGAUACCAUUCAUUUGGAGGGGCUGCCAUGCAAGUGGUUUGCCCUGAAAAAUUCCAGUUCAGAGAAGCCAAGUGAUUUCAUCCUGCGCAAGGUAUUUGAAACAUUUGGGGAGAUUCGAAACGUGGACAUUCCAAUGCUCGACCCUUACAGAGAAGAGAUGACUGGGAAGAACUUCCACACUUUCAGCUUUGGGGGUCACUUGAACUUUGAAGCAUAUGUGCAGUACCAGGAGUAUAUCGGAUUUGUGAAGGCAAUGGAUGCCCUCAGAGGAAUGAAACUGCUGUACAAAGGGGACGAUGCAAAGGCAGUGGCUUGCAGCAUAAAGGUGACCUUUGACACAACAAAGCACCUGAGUGAUGCUUCCAUCAGGAGGAGACAGAUGGAGAGACAGAAGCUGCAGGAGCUGGAACUGCAGCGAGAAGAGCAAAAACGUCGGGAGAAAGAGGAAGAAGAGCGAAGAAAGGAGGAAGAAAGGAAGCAGAGAGAGCUGGAAGAGCAAGAGCGGGAGAAGAAGAGAGAAGAAAAGGUUAGAAAGAGGGAACAGAAGCAGAAGGAGCGUGAAGAGCGGCGAAAUGUGCGCAAACUGCAACGGGAAGAGCAGAAAAGGCUGCAGGAAAAAAUCGCUCUGGAGGAACGAAAACUCCUUUUAGCACAGAGGAACCUGCAGUCUAUCCGCCUUAUUGCAGAGCUGCUAAGCAGAGCCAAGGUUGGGAAGCAGCAGGAGCUGGAAGCAUGUGAAGCAGAGGCAGCCCGUCUGCACCAACUGGAGGAGAAGAGGAGGCAGCAAGAAGCUGAGCUCAGGCGAGUGGAGGAGGAGAAAGAGCGUGUGGUGGAGCUGCAGCAGAAGGAGAGGGAGCUGAGGGAAAAGUUGCUGGAGAACCUGAAGCGGAAGGAAGAAAGUGAAGGCCAGCAGUGCAGAGCAGAGCCGAAGAUGGGGUUCGGAGACCAGAUGGCUGUGAAUGUGUGCUCAACGUUGGGAACAGCUCCUGCACAGGCUGCUACCAGUCUCCUGGCAUGUCCUGGUGCUCUCAACCAUGGCAAGAAAGUGCCACUCGCUCAGGAAAUCAAUGGAAAGCCAGAUGCUGGUGAAAGUUUCACUGGUGAUUUGGGCCAGAUUCAGCCACAAAGCGACAUCAUUCCUACUUCUCAUCCAGGUGCGUGCAAGUCUGUGCAGAGCAAGGAACACAUAACCACUUUACCUAAUAGUAAAGGCUGUUCCCUGCAGGAGGGCAGUGGUAAAAAAGCUAAAUAUCAAAAUGGCCCUAGCCAUGCAGAAAAAGAUCUUCAAACCAAUACGGUCAAGGUGGAAGGCAGCCAAAUGCAAAAGGACUUGAAAAGGGCUCACAAAUCACGACAGAGCAGCACAAGCAGUGAACGCAGUAGAAACUGGAGGGACUCGAGUAGUGAUGGCAGCUGCCAUCAAAGGGAAUGGAGCCGGCACCAAGUCCACUCCAGGAAGGAGAGUGCUCGGCGUGGCAGGGACUCAAGCCGGGAGCAGAGCCGCAACUGGAGAGGCUCCAGCAACGAGCGAAGCUGCAGUCGACAAGACCAGAGGCUUGAGGGGAGGCGGUACCGAAGGAAUGCCAGCAGGGAUCGGGUCCGCGUCCAGCAGGGCUCCAGCAGGGAGCGGAACCGCCAACGGAAUCCAAGCAAGGAGCAGAGACGGCGGAGGGGUGCAAGUGGGGAGCGGGACCGUCGUCGGAAAAGCUCGAGCAGAGAGCGUAGCCGUCAUCGUAGGGACACAAGCCGGGAGCGCAGCCAUUAUAAAGACUCCAACACAGGACACAGCCGUCAUCGGAGGUAGUCAAACCCUUCGCCUGGCUGGCUGUCAUCAGAGGUGAAAUCAGAGAGCAGCAGGUUAAACAAAAGAAGUGAAUUCAGUGAUUUAUAGAGAUCUACAGCAUGGAAAUAGGCACUUCGGCUCAUCACGUUUGUUAGUAAAUAUAGCACGGUACUGAUUAUGCCCAUUGUAACAAUUCAAUUUAAGCAGGGAAGAAGUAAUUCUUCUUGGAAAGCUUAUGAAGUAGGUAAAAGUAAAGUCACAAUAGACCCAGAGAACUGUAGGGUUGCACUGUCAUCAGAGAGACAAUAAUAUAAAUUACUCUCCAUAUUAUCAGAAGAACAAGGAAAGUAUUGAAAAGCAAACAAUCACAUAGAUGCUAAAAAUUGGAUUCUAACAUUGGGCAUAAUCAAAUGUCACCAUAAUUGUCGGAACCAGUGCAUAAUUAUUCUGUUGUUUAACACACCAAAUGUGUGUUAGUUUCAAUGCUAAAUUUCCCUCAUCAUUUUCCCAAAAUGCACAUUUGAAUGUACACCACAAACUUUUAAUGUUUACGUUGCAGAUUAAUAUUGCAAGGCAGAAUUAAGGGAAUGCCAGAGAUGGGUAUUUAGUUAUGAAUAGUUUGUUAUGGCAGUUACAUCCUGAUGGCUGGUAGAGUUACCCAUAAGGGGGCUUCUUGCCUCUGAACAGCUGUUCAUAACAUAUUUCCCACAUUACCACAUAUUUUACAAUGCAAAUACCCAUUGUUUGGUUGAGCAAUAAGUCCUGCAAAGAACUUAAAUGUACAAUGGGGGGAAUGUGAAAUCCUUGUUACAGAGAACAUUUUUCUUGGAAUUUUUUGGCAGCUGUCUUUUGGAAGUUUUCUUGGAUAAUUUUGGUGCCUGAAAUUGUAAAAUGGGACAGUCUGCAACUCUUCACAAAACCAUAAAGUCCCAUUUCUCUGGGAUCCUAGAGGUAUUUUCUCUAAUUUGUCAGUUUGAACUUUGUAGUUUGGCAGUUCUAUCGAUUUUACGUUGUAGCCCCAGCAGCUAUUCAUUGGCACAAUGGGCAGUGUCCCGAAUUUGAAUUCUGAGAAGCUGCUGCCAUGGGAAGUUGUAAAAUCUACAAUGCUUUUUAAUGGACUUAAUGCUGGUAAGCGCUUCCUUCCCAACACAAAGUUAAAAAGCCAGAGGAACAGCACUGAGGUUUUUGAUGUGAAUGUUCCCUGUUUUCUUUUAGCUGAGAGAAAAUGUCAGGGCAUUUCCAAAUAGACUGGCUGGAUAAGUAAUCAACAACUCUGGUAAAUACGUGCCUCUGCAACUGAUUUGAAUGGAUUAGGGAAGUGUCCAAACAUUUCUAGGAAAUGGGACAUUCUCGGGUGAAUGGCACUGGAGCGCAGUGCGAAUGAGCAUACAUCUACGCAACACAGUGGCAGUUUGAAUCAUAAGUCUGAAACAACCAGCACAUUGGGCACCUUUUCUGUCAUACCAGCCAAAGCAGUUCAGUGCACGAUGCAAGAGUAUGUGGCUCAUCUCUUUAAAAAUAUGCAGUAUGUUUUUGCAUAUAAUGUACAGUUUGGAUAACUCUGUUCAUUAGAACGUUCAGUUGUGGUUAUCUGGAACUAAUUGAAUCAUAUGCCAACAAAGAGCAGGGAGUGCUAGAAAAAUACUGAAGGUUCUGAUGAAGAACCACUGUACUCAAAACAUUAACUCUGUUUUUCUCCUGACAGAUGCUGCCAGACCUGCUGUGUUUCUCCAGCAUGCACUGUCUUUAUUUCAGCAUCUGCAGUGCUUUGUGUUUAUUGUGCCAGCACCGAGAAAACGGAUUAUCCUUGCAGAGCGUGCCAGUGAGCCAGGCUGGCAGGUUUGCUGCGCUGCCUUAGUCUGCUGAACGAUUCUGUCUGCCGCAUGCAUCGUCUUGAGGAAGACUUUACUCCCAAGGAAACUUGCUUCCAAUCCCAAAAUACUUCGUGAAUACAAAUAUUGUACGUUUAUGAUGCAAAUUUGAGUGACGUCACUUAUAGUGUGAUUUAAUUCCCCUCACUUUGUAACCUGUUGAUAUCCAGAUCUUAAACCUGCCUGACCAUUUUGAAACUUCUUUUCCUGACAUCAGUACUUGAAUACUGAAAGGUGUCUGUAGAGGGUUCACAGGUGGAGCUUGUGACAUUUGGGCCGAUGCACUUCUUUGUUUUUCAAAAAAGAUCAUCUCUUUAGGUUUGUGCCCUCUUUUCCACAUUCUCCUUCACUGUGACAUUGACAAAGAUCCAGGCAUACAAGUUGCAGCUAUAUUUUCGAAAGUGUAUAAAUGACGAAGCCAACAAAGGAUUUGAAGCUUCAAGAAGUGGAUUUGGGAGUUGGGUAAAUGAGCUUCAGUAGGCUAUUUCCCACUAAUAACUUCUCUCCAAGAAUCCAAACUUAUGUUUAUAAUCUCAUCUUAAUUAAUAUUAACCAUCUUUGAGUUCUAUUAAUACAAAAGUUAUGAAAACUGCUCCAUUUAAAUCAUUUAUUUGAAAUUACUGGAAAUUUUAAAUUUUCUUGAGCAAAGUAAAACUUUGCAUUGACAGGAGUGUGUUUAAAGUUCUUAAUAGAUUAUCUCAAAUCAUUUUAUGAUUUGACCCAAUGAGGGCUAAUAAGGACUUAAAUAGGAACCAAAGUCAAUCACUGUGACCUAUCAUUAACAUUUAAGCAGAUCAUGGCAAAUAUUCCAUUUCAGGUCUUUUUUUGCCUUAUCCUGAGACUUCUGAUUCUUUCUGUGUCUUCAAAUCAAUCAGUCUCAAUUUGAAUAUACUUGACCGAAACUCUGAGAGGCCACAAAUUCUAAAGAAUUGCAACUUUCAUCCCAAUAUUAAAUGAUUGACCCUUUAUCCUAAUGUCAUGAUUCCUUGUUGUGGACUUUCCAGCCAAGGGAAGCUGCCUCUCAACGUCUAGAAAGGAGUUGAUGAGAUCCUGAGAGAAUUAGUCGUCAAGGCGGCUUCAGAACAUUGAAAGAUAAAUAGAAAAAGUGAGAGAUUUGGUAAAAUAAGAUGGCCAAAGAAUCUGAUGGCAGUUUGGGAGUGGAAUCCAGCACACGAGAAUUGCUAACAUGAGUAAUAUGGGCAGGGACAAGGAGCUCAAGGAUGCUAUCAAGGUAACAAAGAAGAGGACCAUGAAAUAAUUUCACAACUGAGUGAGGGAUUGGAGCCAGUUCUUUAUGUGAAGAAAAGACGAGGCAAGUACAAUUUAUGUGGGAUAGUUUACAAAUUAUGUUGUUCAGAAUGAAUUGACAAUCCAAUGCAAUGGACAGAUGAGUGGGAAAAGCAUAGUGAAAAUAUCCAUAUCUUGCUGUGUUCAGCUUUGUAUUUCCUGUGGGAGCACCUACCAGAGGGAUUGAGAUGCUGAUAAUUCUAGAACAAUGAAGUGAACUCUUGCCCUUUGCUUCCAGUUUCUAAGUCCGCCAUGACUCAGUGUGCCUUGGUCACCUUUUGAGCUUUAAUGACUCCAUAGUUAAUUAACAUUAAAGCACACAGCAACCUCAAGAAACCAGUAUUCAAAAACAUGGGCAUUCUACUAGUGCAAGGUUACAUUUGAGGACUCUUGAAUUUUGCAAACUAUGGUGAUGUAUGUACUAAUUACAAACAUAAUUUGGGACAUUUAAGCUACUUUGAAAUUCAGCUAAACAAAAAUUUAAAGUUUAAUUAUAUAUUCAACAAAAAUUUGAUUUCUGUUCUCUAAUUUUGAAAAGUAACUUAAUUUUGAUGAAACUCUCCAGUUCUACAGAAACCAAAACAAACCGGGUAUCCUCUUCUAAAGUAUAUUUUCUGUAAAAGUAGAGGUGAAUGCAGGCCUGUUGCAAAGGGUGUCUUGAUAUUUGGUACAGUUGAUUUGUUCCAUCCACUAUCUCUACAUGAUCUAAUGCUUUAGCUUCAUGUUUUACACAAAUGGUCACCCUAUGGAAUAGCUCCAAGUUUUUAGUAUUGUCACUUGUUAUUACUGUGUCAAGCUUAUCUCAAACCUUGAAAUAUAGAGCAAGCUAUUUUGAACAUGUCCUCUUGUGGGAGAUGAGUCCUCCCCCUGCCCAGUGGUCUUCACUUCCAUCUGAAACAUGUUUUAGGCCUAUGAUGAUAAUAGAUAAGUACCGAUAGAUGUGCCAUGAGACUGAUGUUCAUGUCACAAAAUGGGCCUACAACAUAAUUAGCGUAAAAAAAUUUUGGUCAGAAAGGACUGCAGUUGGUCAUGGGAGCAUAAAUUGCAAGAACAUGGAGCUGUGGCAACUGAUCGUAGAUACAAUUUUUAAGGUUUUCUUUCUCUUCUGUCAUCUUGAUCUUCCCACCCUUGAGAUGAGAUACACGAUGGUCAGUAAUUUCUGUGAGCAUGGACAUUUUAGGGUGUGAGGCAUUGUAAGAGUUAAAUAACUUCACUCUUCUGCAAAAAAACAAUGCUUUGGACUCAUUCUCUGUCUCCCCCCCGCCCCAUUGAUUUAUGGCGACUAUAAAUCAAGGCUACGUUUUAACAUGAUCUUCUUUAAUUUUAACAGGAGUAAUGACAAUAUUAGAUAUGACCAGCGUGCUUACGAUCAAUUUGCAGCUCAGCAAUACUUAAUGCUGAAAAUAGUAAACCAAAAAGGUUUUGGUUAUAUUUCAACAUCUUGCUUAAGUUUGUUUACUUCCACAGACAUAGAAAGAGGUAAGGAUGUAGCAAACUUAAUCUUAGCCUUUUCCUAUUCUGCUUCAACCAUCAAUAAUCAGUUUUUGCAGUUCUGACAGGUGCACAAGGUUAUCACAAGGCAGCAGGCAGACUAAAGCAGUGUAUUUUUACAGCACAGUAACUUUAGGGUAAAGCUUAAGGUCAUUCAAUUCUUGUGAUGCCUAAUUCCCCUCAGACAAUCACAUAUUCGUACAUCUGGUAGGAUUCAGCCAUUGCUUAUCUGCAAAUCAGCUCCAGGAACUGCACAAGAAUGACCCUCAAAUGGUGUUCUCCAGCUUUCCCUCAGCUUCUUUCUUCCCCAUUGCUGAAUUCUAUUACACCACAUGGUGCAGUAGAUGAAGCAGAGGUCACAAGCAGGAAUAUACCUCAGUUCUAAAGCUCCCCUGCCCAAAUUGAUAGUUUAUUUAAAGACUUGAAUUCCUGUGCUUCAGUUGUUGUAAUGCUUCUUUUAUUCCUUUUUCUGGUACACGGAGACCAAUUUCAUUCACAGAAUGAGAAAAGCUAUAUUGUGGAGAAGUUGAACUCAGUCCUUAAACAGCUUUGACAUUUUGACCACUAUUUAUUUGAAGGUAAGGAUUUCAAAGUAUCAAUGACAUGAAAUCACAGUCAAAUCAUUUUGAGAGAUCAGUAUUUUCAAAAAGCGUAAAUAAACUACAAAUUACUCUGUCUUCUGGCAGAACACAAAUAUGUAGCAAAUGAGAUGUACAAAAGGAAAAAGUUAUUUUGUGCACUUAAUUGAUAAGAAGAAAGCAACACAAUUUGUGAUGGCUGUGAGCCACAGUCAAAUCAGAUUGCACUUUGAAAGUAUUUUUAAUUAUUCAUUUGUAGCAAAAUAACGCAAUGAGUAUCGUGAGGAUUUUUAAACACCGUGGUCUCUGUUUUGUAUAGCAUCCUUGGCAGACACGAGUGCUCCAUCUCAUUGGCAGUGUUGUGCAUGUUCUGUCCUGUGUAAGACACUUCCUUUGACAUUGUGGGAAUAAAUACGCUUUUGUUUCCAUUUGACUCUUUACUGUCAUUUGUUGACUUCCAAAUGUAUGCUCCUUUGUUUGGUUCCACCAAAUUGCUUGAAAUUGUCCUGUAUUUAUUUUGUAUUUUCUU